CUGCCAGUGAUCAUGACCAAUUCGAUUCUGCGGAGCUUGCAGGCACUGGAGUCGCUAGGGAAUCAACCCACGGCGCGCUGGGAAGUUCCCCUUAGCGAUGGCGUGCAUGUAAUCGAAUUCGAGCACGGCACGGCGACCGGCCGGCGCAUCGUCAAGAUAGACGGCAAGGUGUUGGUCAAUCGCGAAUGGAUGUUCCGGCUAGUUGGCGACGAGAUUUUUCAAUUUGAGGGCGUUCGAUUCGUCAUCAGAGUUGACCCAAUUCCUGGUCUGAAAUACUCUUACACGCUGUGGGUAAACGGCAAGAGCUUUAAAAAUUUUAUUCAAUCGCAGUCGAAAAUUCUAGAGACUUGGUCCACUCAAAUAGGUCAAAACGAAUAUAGAAUUAUUUUAGAUAAAAACAGUCAAGCAGUAUGGGUAAAUGGCGAACAAGUCGAGGUUGAAUCUGAGUUCAUCGAUGGCGGCGCAGAAAUACUUUUUACGAUCGCGGAAUUGCCAGCUGUUAUAAGAUCUUGCAGUUCAGGACAGAAAGAUAUCGGUAUUAUUUAUUCUUUAUUCAUCAAUGACAUUAAGAUUUCAGAGCAAAGCUUAGAAAAUAAUGUAUCAGAAUGACUAUCACUUAGAGAAAGUAUACUUUUACCUAUGUAAAUGUUUAUACUUUCUUAUUUUUCUUAGUAACUCUUUAUAAUUGGUGUGUUGAUAUUUAUUGUAUAUAUAUACAUACAAUAUAUUUGUGUGCGUGUAUUAUUAAUAUUGAUAUUGCGAUUAUAUCAUACACUUUAGUUUGAAUUUUAUUCUCGCCUGCCAUUUUUUGUAAAAUCAAUAUCGUUAGUAUAGACAAUAGAGGAUUUAAAACAGUCUUUACUGUUAUAGCUGUUAUAUCAACUUCAGAAAAAAACUGAUAGCAGUCAGUGCCGAUGGUCUGAACGAAUAUAUAUUGUCGAUGAAACGUUCUAAUUCCUUUUUUUGUCUACACAGAUCAAGGACAACGAUAUUGAUAUAUUGUAUGCUGUUGUUUAUCAAUUUCAUUAUUUAUUUACAAAUGUAACGUUUACUAUAUUUUAUAAGAAUUUAGAAGAAAAAUUCAAAUUUUGCAAAAAACAAAGAAAUGAUGAA